GAGAGGGGGGUGAUAGAGAGGGAGAGAGAGAGAGAGAGAGAGAUAAGUGCACACAGGAGUAGCCCGCGCCUCUAUUGUGAGUGCUUAGCAGGGGGGAGUGUAAUAAGGAGCUGGUCUGGACGAGCUCGACGCGGCUGCACUGGUCACUUCUGUAGAGUAGAUCUCCGGCUGAUAUUUGAAUACCAUGGAGGAGGACAUGGAUGAGGGGCAGACCCAGAAAGGGUGUGGCGAGUGCUGUCUGAAGUGCCUGCGUGGCAUCCCGUACCCGUCUCUGGUGGCCACCAUCCUGCUGUACGCUGGCGUGGCGCUGUUCUGCGGCUGCGGGCACGAGGCUCUGUCGGGCACCGUCACCAUCCUGCAGAACUACUUUGAGGUGAUACGGGCACCUGGAGAUGGCGUGGACGUCUUCACCAUCAUUGACAUCAUUAAGUAUGUGAUCUAUGGCAUUGCCUCUGCGUUCUUCGUGUACGGGAUCCUGUUGAUGGUCGAGGGCUUCUUCACCAGUGGAGCCAUUAAGGACCUAUACGGAGACUUCAAGAUCACCACCUGUGGACGCUGCGUCAGCGCAUGGUUCAUCCUGCUGACCUACAUCUUCAUGCUGGCCUGGCUGGGGGUGACGGCCUUCACCUCUCUGCCCGUGUUCGUCUACUUCAACAUCUGGACCAUCUGCCAAAACGCCACACUGCUGGAAGGAGCCAGCCUUUGCCUCGACCCACGCCAGUUCGGAGUGGUGACCAUCGGGGAGGAGAGGACAGUGUGUGCGGGAUCUGAGAAGUUUUACAGGAUGUGUGUCUCAAAUGAGUUGGAUAUGACCUUCCACCUCUUUGUGUGUGCGCUGGCUGGGGCUGGAGCUGCAGUCAUCGCCAUGAUCCACUACCUGAUGGUGCUGUCAGCCAACUGGGCUUACGUGAAGGACGCCUGUAAGAUGCAGAAGUAUGAGGACAUCAAGUCCAAGGAGGAGCAGGAGCUCCACGACAUCCACUCCACGCGCUCCAAGGAGCGCCUCAAUGCCUACACAUAAGGCAGGAGCACGCCCGGGGGAGGAAGUCCAGUGAUGUCACUUCCUGUCACAGGAGAGUGGUGACGCUGAGAUGAUCUCACUGGUGUGUCUCACUACCACCCCAUGACAACCCAUUCUUUUCACAUACAGACAGUAUUAUCAACAUUAUUAUAAUUAUGAUUGAGAUUAUGACUAUUAUUAUUAUGAUUAUUAUUGUUAUUAUUUAGAAAAUGAAUAGGUAGUGUACAAGCUACCUUUGCUUUAUGUUUUUUAAUGACAUUUUUACUCAUUUUUAAUGGAGGAUUUUUUAAAAGCUCUUUCUUUCAUGUUCUUUGUUCUAUUUCUCAUUUCUGUUAUCUUUUUGUUAGUUUUGUUUCUUUUAUUUUAAUUUCUGUUGUUUUUCUUUUAUGGGUCCGUUCUGGGGUCUAAAGGGUUCCAAGCACAUUCCCCUCCUGUGUGUGAGAGUCUCUUCACAGAUCUCGUUCUAAAGAACAUCACACAUGCAAGGGCCAUCACUUCAGGAGAUAAAAAAUAACAAAACUAAAAAAAUAAGCACUCUUUUUUUAACCAUUUGUGGGGAGGGAGGCCCAAAACCAGCUAAUUCUGUAUUAUUCUCCUAUUAUUUAAAGAUAUUGCAAAUGUACCAUAAAUCUUUUUUAUUUACAGUCAAUAUUCAAGAGUCUAACCAAAAUACUAUAAGAUAAAGGUUAUUAUUUUUGCUCGUUGUGCCAAGCCUGCAUUCAGCAGAGCCAGGUCUGACUGUCAAAUACAUCAAGGGGUUACUGCAGCCGUUGUUUGACCAUACUGGCGUUGCCACACACACACACACACACACACACACACACACACUUCUAAUGGUUCUGGAGCACAUCUGGCCCCGUUCUGAUACGGAACCGAUACAGCACCAACACGGAACCGUGGCCGGGUGGAGACAGAUGUGUUGCGAACACGGUUGCUGUGUGAUGCACAGUGCCAGACACACACACACACACACACACACACACACACACACACACACACACACACACACACACACACACACACACACACACACACAGUGCCAGACUGGUCUUACUGCUCGGUAUGCAUACCUGUCUUGUCAUACAUGCACGCCAAUUAUUUUAGAGCCCCUCCUCUUAUUUUCGUACAGUAGAGAAUGAGAAAUAGAGCAGGUAAGUAGGCAGUUUUGCAGUUUUCUGCUUUGUAAAUACUCCUAAUGUAAAUGUAUACAUGUACGUAAGCACUUCAACUUCAGGUAAUAGCCUAAUUCGUAAUGAGAAUCAAAACACAUUCCACGCGUGGGCGAAAGAGGGAGACACACCGACGAGUCCAAGAUGGAGGCGAUGUCCUGACAUUCUCGGAAGACGUUACAGAUUGGCGGGAGAUUUCAUUUGGAAAAAAAAAAAACGAAAAAAAAAAAAAAUCACACACAACAACCAAAAAAUCUUUAAAAUAAAAAUGAAUAAUAAAUUAAAAGAAGAUAAAAAAACCUAUAAUGAUAUAUCCUGAUGACGAUUAGAAAAAUCACUUGUUAUCUUGCUUGAUUUUGCUAUUGGACUACAGAGGUGUCUUAUCAUUCUUUUUACUGCCUGGCAAUUCAUGUUUUGUCAGUGUUAUCAAAGAGCUAGUUUUGUGCACAUAUUGGAUCAUUGUGAGCUCUUUCUAGGUGUAAGUGCAUUGGUAUUCAACUGCGAGUUGAAUCUCUGUACUGUUAGGUAAACGACUGUGAAUCUAGAUGUUCUUUGUGGCAUGGUCAUGCAUUAAAUGGUAAUCGUUUUACUGGAAACAAACAUACGAAAAAAAUAUAGAAUUUUCAUUUUACUUCAUUUUAAUUUCCUUCUUAAUUUGGUCUCAGUUGUUUGAACACGUUGACCUCACGUGAAGAGGCUCAACUCUCCUCUUUUAUGAGUUCUAAAUCAUGUGCAGUAUUUCAACUCCUGUGCUCUCUGCGUUUCACACAAGUCUUCUCUCAGCUUGUAGAUGGUAGUGUUUGAGUUGUGUCUGUUUGGUUUGUGCUGCGCUUCUUUACCCAUGUCCUGAUCUUGCCUCCCCGUAAUCUUGUUGCUCUUUUCAGUCUUGACCUGACGACGCUUUCCGCUCCCUCCUCAUUGUAGCCUUUUGUACGUUCACCCAGAAUGCAUAGUAGAAGCCUGUAACCAUGGGUCUGUUCUGUACAUACAUGUGCCAACCGCUUCAACAGUGGCUUUUCUCAACUGUAGGAACAAACUGCUUGCGUAAAUAAAAAGAUGCACUGGUGUACUUGUUCAUAAA